UGUCAAAUUCCGUAUUAUUUGUUUAGACAGAAAAUACCUAAAACGAUUUACCACAUAACGUAAAUAUUGAUAGCAACUUACUAAUAUUCGAUAUUAGAUAGCUUUAUGACAACCAUGUUGAUGUUUAUGAUAAAAGUGUAAAGUUAUUUCGUGAUUUAUUUAGCAAAUAUUUCCUUCCUAGGCUUAUUAACUAAUUAGAACAUACAGUAUUCAAAAGAUUGUCUUUUUGUGUUUGGAUAUCUUUGAAAAGCGUGAAUACUAGUCUUUUCUCAUAGUGUUUUCAAACAACGUAAAGAUAGACUCAGUUUGGGGUUGGGCGUCACCGCCCUUAAGAUUGCAGCUCACCUCCCAGUUGAGGGGUUCUUAUAGAAUGGGUGAAAUGUCUGGUGGUGAUCGUCCUCCAUCUCCAGCCCGUCUGUCUCACACUUCUGAUAAACAUCCCAAAAAUACUCUUACAGAGUUAAAUCUUUUACGAAGGCACAGAGAAUUGUGUGAUGUUGUACUAAAUGUUGGAGGAAGGAAGAUUUUUGCACAUAGAGUAAUUCUCAGCGCUUGUAGUCCAUACUUUCGGGCUAUGUUUACUGGAGAGCUUGCCGAAUCAAGACAAACUGAAGUCACAAUUAGGGAUAUUGAUGAACUUGCUAUGGAUUUACUUAUUGAUUUUUGUUACACUUCACACAUAGUAGUUGAGGAAUCAAAUGUUCAGAUGUUGCUUCCAGCAGCAUGCUUGCUUCAAUUAACUGAAAUACAAGAUAUCUGCUGUGAGUUUUUAAAAAGGCAGUUAGAUCCUUCAAAUUGUCUUGGUAUACGCGCCUUUGCUGAUACCCAUUCAUGCAGAGAAUUGUUAAGAAUAGCAGAUAAAUUCACUCAACACAACUUUCAAGAUGUUAUGGAAUCUGAAGAAUUUUUAUUACUGCCUGUAGGACAGCUGAUAGAUAUAAUUGCUAGUGAUGAGCUAAAUGUCAGGACUGAAGAACAAGUUUUUAAUGCAGUCAUGUCUUGGGUGAAAUAUAAUGUGUCCGAACGGCGUCAGCAUUUGCCAUCUGUUCUUCAACAUGUUAGACUCCCUUUACUAAGUCCAAAAUUUUUGGUGGGAACUGUUGGAUCGGAUUUGCUAGUGCGUUCUGAUGAGUCUUGCAGAGAUUUAGUAGAUGAAGCCAAGAAUUAUUUGUUGCUACCUCAAGAAAGACCUUUAAUGCAAGGUCCACGAACAAGGCCUAGAAAACCAACACGUAGAGGCGAGGUAUUAUUUGCGGUUGGUGGUUGGUGCAGCGGUGAUGCUAUUGCAUCAGUAGAAAAAUUUGAUCCCCAAACAAUGGAAUGGAAAAUGGUGGCCCCAAUGAGCAAGAGGAGAUGUGGUGUGGGUGUGGCUGUUCUAAAUGAUCUGCUUUAUGCUGUGGGAGGUCAUGAUGGUCAAAGUUAUCUCAACAGCAUAGAGAGAUAUGAUCCUCAAACUGAUCAGUGGUCGUGUGAUGUGGCUCCAACAACAUCAUGCCGUACUAGCGUAGGUGUAGCAGUUUUGGAUCACUUACUUUAUGCGGUUGGCGGACAAGAUGGUGUUCAGUGCUUAAAUCACGUUGAGAGAUAUGACCCAAAGGAAAAUAAAUGGACGAAGGUAGCCCCAAUGACAACUCGACGUCUUGGAGUUGCUGUGGUUGUUCUGGGUGGAUAUUUAUAUGCAAUUGGAGGCUCUGAUGGACAAUCGCCUCUGAAUACUGUUGAGAGGUAUGAUCCUCGUCAUAAUAAAUGGUCACUAGUUAGCCCUAUGUCAACAAGAAGGAAACACUUAGGCUGUGCUGUAUUUAAUAAUUUAAUUUAUGCGGUUGGUGGUAGAGAUGAUUGCAUGGAAUUGAGUAGCGCGGAAAGAUAUAACCCACAUACAAAUACGUGGAGUCCCAUUGUUGCAAUGACUUCAAGAAGAAGUGGGGUAGGAUUGGCGGUUGUUAAUGGCCAAUUAUAUGCAGUCGGUGGUUUUGAUGGCAGUGCAUACCUAAAGACUAUAGAAUUUUACGAUACUGAGCAAAAUCAAUGGCGUUUAUGUGGCUCAAUGAACUACAGGAGAUUAGGCGGUGGUGUAGGUGUGAUGAGAGCACCACAAACUGAAAAUCGAAUAUGGUAGUAGGAGAUACUGCGAAUUUUAAGAACUAAUUGCUAUAGGUUCUGCAGUGAGAGUUCGCCAAAACUUAUGAUUUCAUGUGGAAGUUGCGCUAUCAUAUAUAAUUUGACUGCACAAGAUAUUAAAUACAAUUAUGUGAUUUUGAGUUGCAAAGCUUAAGUCGCUUUUCGGAUGCAGUAAAAUAUUCAUUGCUUACUGUGGACUAAAUAAAAGUGAGAAAUGAUUGUACCUACUUAAGAUGUGGUGACAUCGAUCUUAAAUUUUAAAUUACUGUAUAAUUAGAAUGUUGCAGAUGUAUAAAAUGUUUAAAUUAUUAACAGAGUCUUAUAAUCGAAAUAUUUACAUUUUAUUUUAUU